AUGGAGUUUUUUAAAACUCACGUCGCAAUGGAGAAAAAAAUCUGCUCAGUUGAAACAGCCACAUGGAUCUCAUUUAUUUAUUUCCCGACGCUUUCGACGGAUCACCCGCUGAUGAUCACCAUCGGUCGCCGUUUCUUCUCUCGGUCAGCGUUAAGUGGGAAGCAGAUUACCAUUGCUUACAACAACGUUCACGUCGUCAAAAACAUCCAGGAUCGCGAAUAUGAUCUUCUCUGUAAAACUGUUGAUUAUCAACGUUCUGACAUUAAGAAAACGGAUCUGAAGAAGUUCAAAGAAGCAUUCGGAGACGAUUAUCAUCAGACGUUUACCUUUGUCAGGAACACGGAUCGAUUGGUUGCCACGAACACUCAUAUCGUUUUUCAUCCAUUCAGACAUAACGAAGGAUGGGAGAACCUAGUAUUUCGAGGGAAACUUUGGAUAUCUCCAGACGUUCAUGGAUCUCAAAUUCUCUCCAUAACCGCUGACCAAUCCUAUGAUGCAGGAUUUUCUGUUGGAAACCAUUCGAUGGGAUUUGUCACUAAUAAAUCGUACAAAACUAUGAAAGCCUACAAACACAUGUUCGGUUCGACGGACAUGCUUCAGAAGUAUUACGUCUCUCAUUAUGAUUUCGGAGAUUUGUGCAUGCCGAAGAACUUGAAUACCGAUGGAAUUUUCAUAAAGAAUGCUCGGGAUGUACCUGACAAAGACAUCGUCGAUUACGAUUCUAAAAUAUUCCAAUAUGAACGUUCAAAAUAUGUUUUAGGACAAUUGAGAGAGGAUUUUGGACGCGUCGCCUACAACGACCACGGAGAAGUCGUUGGAUUUGGAGCCGUCUCAGUAUAUCCAUCUGGAGAAUGUACUAUCACUCCAAUGUAUGCAGACGACACACAAAUCGCAAGGACAAUUCUAAAGAGUAUUCUCGAGGAGAUGUCAUUAGAUCCUGAGAAAUACUGGAGACUCAAACUUCAUUCUCAUGAUCAUACUCCAGAAAGCUAUGGAUGGAUUCGUCCGUUCGUGAAAACGAUGACGCACCGCACCGAAAUCUGUACGCUGAUGUGUGAUCAUAAAGAGGAUGGGAUGGAUUUCAAAAAAGUCUUCAGCAUGUUCCAUCCGUCGACAUGUCCUAUCUGA